AUGGCAUCGGCAGUGUCGGCGUUGCAGAUCCCGUACCGCGAACCCCGGGACGGGUUCUGGGGGGAGCAGACGUCAACUUUGAACUGGUGUGAAGAGGACUACAACGUUACCUACUAUAUCGCCGAGGUCGUGAACACCCUCACCAACUUGGUAUUUCUCUAUCUCGGAGUCAAGGGCCUGCGCAAUGUCAUCCGCCAUGGCCACCCGCGUGUCUUCAUCUUGGCCUUCCUGGGUUACAUGACAGUCGGCAUGGGCUCCAUGGCAUUUCAUACAACCUUGUGGUACUCUAUGCAGCUAGCCGAUGAGCUGCCUAUGAUAUACACAGUUUGUAUCUUGUGCUCCAAUACAUUCUCUCACGGCAAAUCCCCGAGGGGCAGGAUUCUGGUGGGAGCCGGUUUCUUCGGGGCCGCUGCUAUCAUCACGAUCUACUACCUAUACGCCAAGGACGCGGUGUUCCAUCAGGUGGCAUACGGUCUGCUGUCCGCUGGGGGUACCUUCUGGGGCUACUACCUCAUGGAGGCUCAGCUGCGGCCAGCCCUGAAGAAGCGGAAUCCCGACGGCUGCGGCCGCAUGAUGCGGGAGCUGUGGGCAUUUUCUCUCACAGGCCUAUUCUUGUUCCUGGGAGGCUUCUUUAUUUGGAACAUGGACAACAUAUUCUGCCGCUACCUCGUUACAGCAAGAAACCAAGUGCUGCUCCCGUGGGCGGCGCUUCUUGAGGGACAUGGCUGGUGGCACAUUCUGACGGGCUUAGCAUAUUACUUGAUCCUGCAGAGGCUGUAUUUGGGCAUCUUACUGGACGGCAAGGAGAGGGAGUUCAGGCUGCAGUGGGACUCACUGUAUUCCAUACCACAGAUCGUCCCCCAGCCGGCUAGAGGUUCUCGGGCGCAGUCAAAGAAGACGCAGUGA